CAGAAUCAAUUGGUGAGGAAAAUCAAUUAUACUCGAAAAAGUGGGAACUAUAGACAAAAGUGAUUUUUACCCUUCCUCAAAAAAGUACUGCAUUUAGCUUUACCGACGCAUUUCUUCGAACACGUUUCCGACAAAAAUCGAAGCGCGCCAAAACUUCGUAACUUCACAAACCCACCACCAUCGGAGUAACCCCGACCAUCACCACCACCACCACCGCCACUAACAUGGGUAAGCAAAAGCAACAAGUACUUUCCCGUUUCUUCGCUCCAAAACCCAAAACCCCUUCAUCAACCACCGACCCACCACCACCGCCACCAUCUUCCUCUCCCAAAAUCACCACCACCGUCAAUUUCUCACCAUCCAAACGCCGCUUAAUCUCUCAACUCACAGCAUCCCCUAACAAACAACCCAAACUCUCUUCACCUAUUCCCUCUCUCCACCAACGCUUCCUCCAGAAGCUUCUAGAACCUUCUAAUCCAACCCCACAACCUCCUUCAUCUUCCAAACCUGUAAAAUUUACUCCUUUAGAGCAUCAGGUAGUGGAACUCAAAGCUAAGUACCCUGAUGUUCUUUUAAUGAUUGAAGUUGGUUACAAGUAUCGAUUUUUCGGCGAAGAUGCUGAGAAUGCUGCAAGGGUUUUGGGUAUUUAUGCUCAUAUGGAUCAUAAUUUUUUAACUGCUAGCAUACCAACUUUUCGAUUAAAUGUCCAUGUGAGGAGGCUUGUUAGUGCAGGGUAUAAAGUUGGCGUUGUUAAGCAGACUGAAACUGCUGCUAUUAAGUCCCAUGGUUUGAAUCGGGCCGGUCCAUUUUGUCGAGGUUUGUCAGGGUUGUAUACGAAGGCCACACUUGAGGCGGCGCAUGAUAUGGGGGGAGGCGAAGAUGGGGGUGGGACCGUGAAUAAUUAUUUGCUGUGUGUUGUGGAAAAGAGUAUUUUGGGAGAGAAAAAAUUUAAUUGUGGUGUGGAAGGUGGUUUUGAUGUGAGGAUUGGGAUUGUUGGUGUGGAGAUAUCGACGGGAGAUGUUGUUUAUGGAGAGUUUGAUGAUAAUUUUUUGAGGAGUGAACUUGAGGCUGUUGUUGUUAGCUUGUCUCCUGCUGAGUUGCUUCUUGGAGACCCUCUUUCAAAACAAACUGAGAAGUUAUUACUGGCUUUUGCUGGACCCUCCUCAAAUGCUCGUGUGGAGCGUGCCUCACGAGAUUGCUUCACCAACGGAGGCGCUUUUGCUGAAGUUAUGACAUUGUAUGAGAACACGCAUGCUGACAGUCCAGAUUCAAUGCAAAACAAUGAAUUGGCUGAGCUUGGAAGUCAGCAGAUGGUAGUGAAGGAGGUGAUGAACCUGCCUGAGUUGGCUGUCGAAGCUUUGGCCUUAACUAUUCGCCAUUUGAAGGGAUUCGGUUUUGAAAGAAUUCUGUGCUCAGGUGCUUUAAGGCCCUUCGUAAGCAAUACAGAAAUGACUCUCUCAGCUAAUACACUUCAACAACUGGAGGUUUUACAAAAUAACAGUGAUGGAUCUGCGAGUGGUUCCUUGCUGCAAGUUAUGAAUCACACUCUUACUAUAUUCGGUUCCAGGCUUCUUAAGCAUUGGGUAUCACACCCAUUGUGUGAUCAAACCUUGAUUGCUGCUCGUCUUAAUGCUGUAUCUGAAAUCGCAGAGUCCAUGGGAACCUGUAAUGGUAUGAAGAAUCUUGGACGCUUUGAGGAAGAUUCUGAUGUAGCAAUUGUGCAGCCUGAGUUAGCACACAUACUUUCAUUGGUUUUGACAUCCCUGGGCCGGGCACCUGAUAUACAGCGUGGGAUUACAAGAAUUUUCCAUCGCACUGCUACCCCAUCUGAGUUUAUUGCCAUUAUUCAAGCUAUUUUAUCUGCUGGAAAACGGCUUCAGCAACUUAACAUAGGAGAGGGUGAUAAUAAUAACAAUAAUAAAUUGCGCUCUGAUUUGUUAAAGAAGUUAAUUUCAACUGCGUCCUCUACAAGUGUUAUUGGUAAUGCUGCAAAAAUGCUGUCAUCUUUAAAUGAAGACUCUGCUUACCAAGGAGAUUGGACUAAUAUGAUCAUUGCAACUGAGGAGCAAUUUCCAGAGGUAAUUACAGCUCGAAAGGCUUUUCAGAUGGCAGUGGAACACUUAGAUUCAUUGAUUGACUUGUACCGCAAACGGCUCGGAAUGCGGAAAUUGGAAUAUAUGUCUGUUUCUGGUGUAACCCACUUGAUAGAGUUAUCAACUGAUGUAAAAGUGCCUUUAAAUUGGGUUAAAGUAAAUAGCACAAAGAAAACAAUUCGGUAUCACCCUCCUGAAGUAGUGACAGCAUUGGAUGAGUUAUCAUUAGCGAAAGAGAAGCUUACUGUUGCCUGCCGAGCUGCAUGGGAUAGCUUUCUGAGGGACUUCAGUAAACACUAUGCUGAGUUCCAAGCUUCUGUUCAAGCACUAGCUUCUCUAGAUUGCCUGCACUCACUUGCCAUUCUUUCAAGAAAUAAGGGUUAUGUCCGCCCUGUUUUUGUAGAUGAUCAUGAGCCUGUUCAGAUGCAAAUUUGUUCUGGUAGACAUCCAGUUUUGGAGUCUAUCUUACAAAAUAAUUUUGUCCCAAAUGAUACAAGCAUGCACGCCGAUAGAGAGUACUGUCAGAUUGUCACUGGACCCAAUAUGGGGGGAAAAAGUUGCUAUGUUCGCCAAGCAUCUCUGAUCGCUCUCAUGGCUCAGGUUGGUUCCUUUGUACCAGCAUCAUCAGCAAAACUGCAUGUACUGGACGGAAUUUACACCCGGAUGGGCGCUUCUGACAGUAUUCAGCAAGGGAGAAGCACCUUCCUAGAAGAAUUGAGCGAGACUUCACACAUACUUCAUAGAUGUACAGGACGUUCGCUGGUUAUACUUGAUGAGCUUGGGAGAGGUACAAGUACGCAUGAUGGCAUGGCAAUUGCUUAUGCGACAUUACAUUAUCUUCUGAAGCAGAAGAAAAGUUUGGUCCUAUUUGUCACUCAUUAUCCAAAGAUUGCAAGCCUGGAAACUGAAUUUCCAGGCUCUGUAGCAGCAUAUCACAUGUCACAUCUGACCUCACACGAUGAUGUGAGUAAAAACUCCAACGAUCAUGAAGACAUCACUUAUUUAUAUAAACUCGUACCUGGUGUUUCUGAGAGAAGUUUUGGUUUUAAGGUUGCCCAGCUUGCACAGUUACCGUCGCAUUGCAUUAGCCGAGCUAUUGUCAUGGCUUCCAAAUUAGAAGCACUAGUAAACAGCAGAAUACAUGGUAGAUCAGGAAAAGAGUUGUUGGAUGAACCUGUUAUCCAUCAAGAGCAAGAAUUACACCACUGUCCUCAUCAAGAAUUUGGUAGAGCAUAUAAAGAAUUCUAUUCAAACUUAAAAGCUACAAUAUUAGAUGAUGAUGACCAUGCAAAAAGCUUUCAACUUUUAGAGAAUGCAAGAAGCAUUGCAAAGACAUUAGUUAGCAGAUGAGGGUAUAAUGAAGCAGUUUUUUUUUAAAAAUUAUGUUCUGCGCAAUUGACAAGCUGGUUUGUUUGUUGAUGCUGAUAGCAGUUGCUUCAAAAAUUUUGUCACAACUCUUGUGUUUUUGAAGAAGUCAAACUAGCCCACACCGAAAUUGGCACUCAUCACAACUUGUUGAUUUUUCAUGUGCUUUAACAGGUCAAUUCGGUUUGUAUAAGUGAGGUCAGAUGCAGGGUUCAUAAGGUCUCCUCUAGUGUGUAUAUUGUAGAUAAAAUUUUGAUCAAUAUUCUUAUAUAUUGUUAUAGUUGAGCCUUCCAGUUUUUGCCUCUUUA